AUGGGAAUGAUAAGAGACGCGGAGAAUCAAUUUUUAUUAUCUUUACAACGUUGUCCUAUGGUGGAAACGGACAUUGGAGAUACAGAAAGAAGUUUACUGUACUAUAAGCUCUUGCUCAGACAAGAUGCCUCAAAUGUAGAGGGGAUUGCAUGCCUUGGAGCUCAUAUUUUUUAUGAGGGGCGUCCAGAGAUUGCUCUCAAGUUUUAUCGCCGUAUUCUGCAGAUGGGUGUUAAUAGUGCAGAAUUAUAUGCAAACUUGGCACUUUGUUGUUUCUAUUGCCAACAAUUUGAUCUGGCAUGUGGAUGUCUAGAACGGGCACAUUCUGUUGCUGAUCAAUCUGUUCAGGCUGAUCUUUGGUUGGUCCUUUUAUUGAGUCUAUAUUGA